CAGUCAAAACCGGGAGACCGGGAGAAAGCAGUCAAAACCGGGAGUCUACCGGCUCAACCGGGAGGGUUGACAGAUCUGCUGUCUGCACGCAGGCUACACAUUCUCGGCUCAAUCAAUUGUCAUUUUCAAAAGCAAAUGUAAAAUGGCGUUGGUUGAGUCACAGGAUAGUCUUUAAAGCAUGUCAUCGCUAUGGCGAAGUCAGAAAGCGUCGCAUCAAACGAAAGUGUGCUACUAGAUGUGCUGAAGGGGAAGGACACCGGUGGACUGCUCGAGAAUGAAGAAUUGGAGAAAUGGUACCAAAGGACAUUCUCUAUGAAGGAAUGUGCAUUUUUUAUUACCAUAGACGAUUCGCAGAAGCAAAGGUGUUGUUGCGGACGGCUACGCAAGGAACACAGUGGAUUGAUAAUUGACGCUUUUGGAAAUGAAUGGUCAGCCGUAAGACAUGUGAAGGAAAGCCCAACUAAUGCUUUUGGUCAGGUCAGCUUUAGUGAAGAGCAGCAAGAUGCUUCGCUUGGAGCAGAGUUUGUUCGAUUGUCCGAUUCAACAAAUGUUGAAGCUAUAUGGAAUAUGAUGAAGAAUUUCUGGUCAUUGAAGGAGCCUAACUUGAUUCUGUCAAUUAUUGGGGGAAAUGCAAAUACUAUCAUUGAUUUAGACAUCAAGCAGUCAUUGGAAAAUGGUCUUGGAAAGAUAAUUGCGAUGACAGACAUUUGGUUAUUUACUUCUGCAACCAAAACAGAUGUUACUAAGCUGGCAGGCAAAGUUUUUCAAGAAAACUAUCGCAGAGACAGAUCGACAAAAAAUGCCUGCAUAGGAAUAGCUCCGUGGGGAUGCAUUGCAGAAAGAGAGCAGCUGACGUCUGACGGUUCUCUUCAAGAUGUUCUUUAUGUUCCUUCGAGUAACAUGUUGGAGGAGAAAACAGUUCUGGAAAAGCAUCAUACACAGUUCUUGCUGGUUGACAAUGGAACGGUUAAUCAGUUUGGAACAGAAAGGAAGCUAAGAUCAAAACUAGAACAGUACCUCAACAGCCCUGCUGAUUCAAAAUCGAUACCAAGUGUAAACUUACUCGUCCAUGGUGGAUACAAUGCCUGUAUGCAGAUGAAAGAGAAUCUUGCCCGCCACCCAGUGAUACCGACCGUUAUUUUAAAGUAUAGUGGAGGCUUAGCAGAUGUUCUUGUUGAUGCCUUAGAUGCUCACAAAGAAGAAGGAAAAACCGGCCUCAGGCUCUUAAACCACAUUACUGCAUCAUUUGCAAAAUCGUUUACGCAUGUCAAUUCUGAGAACCUUCCAACGCUCAGGGGAGUGAUAAAAGAAAUUGUCGAGGAGCACAACGCUCAAGUUAUCAUAUAUGAUCCAAAAGGAGAUCCAUACGGGCUUCAUCACGCCAUAGUCGAAGCUUGUCAAAGCUCAUCACCGGCUAGAGAAAAUGGAUUCCAAAAUCUUCAGUUGGCCAUUCAUCUUGGAGAAAUUGAGACGGCAGUACUCAAUAUACAAACAAAUGGAAAAGAUGCAGAUUAUUUGGAGAAAUUGCUCUACAAGUCCAUAAAGACGGGGAAGGAAAAGUUCGUGGAAUUUAUGCUAAAUUAUGGAGUGAGCCUUGAAACAUUCCUCAGCAAUGUAAAAAACUAUCUUCAGAAACUGUACAAAAAGAAAUGUUUACGCGAGGGCUUAUUGAGAACAUUGCUGAGCAAUAAUGAAAUCAAACAGGUGGAAGAGACAAGAAAAUUUGAUAUGAACGUUCUUGAUCCACUGAUAAGCAAACUGAUGCAAGGGGAUUAUACUUAUUGCUAUAUCGAGAAAUUCAUGCUUAAAAGCGGAGACGAGGUGGGAAUGUCACCCUCUCAACAGUUAAUGAUUUGGGCAGCAUUGAACAAAAUGCAUGGGAUGGUUGAAUGCUUCUGGAAGUUCGAAACCGAUAAGGCACUCGAAAAUGCACUUGUGCUGUUUCGCAUUUACAAGAGAUUGGCAACAGAAGAUUCUUUGGACGAGAUUGACUGCGAGGAGCUAAAAAAAAUGUCAGAGACCUACGAAAAGAAAGCAGUUGACUUGCUAUCAUUUUAUUACAAACAAAACAGCAAAUCAUCUUCAGAUGUUGUGAAAUCUCGCAUUCCUCUUUGGGGUUUUAAUAAUAUGGUCACGCUUGCUGCAAAUGGUGAUUCGCGUGAUUUUGUUGCCCAUUCGUGCUGCCAAAGCUAUUUAAAAGAUGUUUGGCAUGGAAGGAUUGAAAGAAAAUCUGUUGAAGCCACAUUGGUUCAGCUGAAAAAUCGAAUCAGGCGUAGACGGGCCCAGUCACAUGCUGGAGCGGCUGCAGUUCGAGAGGAGAAGUAUCGCCCAGCAGAUAACAAAGACGAAACUGAUGCUAUGAAGAUUCCAAGGCACAAACGUUGGAGACAAAAGACAGUUAAUUUCUUUCGUUUCUUUGUCUUCGUUCCCAAAGGCAAGCUUUUCCUUCACGAGUUCAUUUUUACACUCUUCCUUGUACUGUUUGCCUACAAUGUUCUUGUGAAGAAAGGCCAAUAUCACAACCCAUUUCGGUAUAUUGUCUUCACGAUAGUCACGUCAUUAGCAAUCGACGAAAUUCGUGAGAUUGCGGAGAUAAGGAAAAGAAACGUUUGGCUGAAAUUACGAGAUUGGUUUAAAAGCGUUUGGAAUAAACUCGAUGCUUUGGCAAUAACACUGUUCUACGUGGGAUUUGCGUUCGGCUUUUAUGAUUUCAAAACUACAGAAAUGACCAUCAUGGCAAUUGAUCUCGUUCUUUGGGUCGUCAAAUUCGCUCAGUUUUAUCGGAUGUUCUACACUCUUGGACCAUAUCUCAUCAUGAUUUACAAAAUGAUGUUUCACAUGAUUGGCUUUGUACUGGUGCUCGUGAUUGCUGUCAUUGCAUACGGGAUCUUCAUGCACACACUACUGUUUCCUGAGGUUGACAUUUCCUGGGAGAUCCUAUUUCAGCUCUUGUUUCGGCCAUAUCUACUGGUGUUUGGAGAACUCGGGAUCAAUAGUUAUUCACUAUCAAACAAUUCAACAGUGUAUGGGACAAAGAAGAUCAGCAAAUCAACUGAAAUCAUCGUUGUUAUUGGAAUGUGUGUUUACUUGCUAAUGGCCAAUGUGCUAUUAUUAAACAUGCUUAUAGCUGUUUUCAACAAUAUCUAUGAAGAUAUUAAAGAGAACUCUGACAAAAUAUGGAAGUAUGACAAAUACGACAUGAUUAUGGAGUUCAAGAACAAGCCAGCACUACCCAUGCCAUUAUCGAUAUUUACAAACAUUCCAAGGAUUCUCUUUCAUUUGUGCAAAAAUGAGGCUAACAGAUCUUACGUACAGGAAGGCAAAGAUCAAAUUUUGGAUAUGAAAGACUUUCAAAAUCGUUGCUCUAGGGGUUUUCUUAGAGAGCAGGGAAAGGUUUCAGAUUUUGAGGAGAAUAUAACUUUGUUAGUUGAAAGGAUGGAUAAUCUUUCAAAAACUCUCGCAGAGCUUGACGAAAGAACAGAGAAGUCUUUUGCUUUCAUUACGAAAGCCCUGAAGAAAAUUGCAGGUUGACCAUUUUCAAGCACAAGCUUCGUCAACUUUUUAACGAUGUUCAUUCGAUUAAUGUUUGGAUACUCUGUGAAGUUUUUAGAGGAUAUUCCAGCAGUUAGGUUCAUGUUAUUUAUCACUAUAUCGUUUAAUCGUUCACAUUUUGUCAAUCACCAUUAUAUUCAAUGUUUUAAAAUUAAGUUCUUAAAAUUUAUUUGAAUUCACAAAAAGUGAACACCGUCUGUUAAACUAAAAAAGAGCAAGUAAAAGGCACAAAAUAUACGUCUUUUCAUUAUUGUUUUUUUUUCGCGGAAAAACGUUGUUCACAAGAAACAGAAGCUUGGAUUUUUAUAAGUAUUGAAACGGAAAAUAUUUUACAGAAUUUUGAAUACUUGGAUCAGAAAAGCGGACUGCUUGAUAUCAUUCUCUAUAAAGAGCUUAUGAAAAUUGGAAUAACGUUUUUAAAGCAAAUAGGUAAAAGCAAAAAUCACCUAUACAUAUUAAGGAUUCAUUUCAACUUGUUUGGCUCAAUUCAAUAUGAGUCAAAUAUGAGCGAUGUAUCCUUGAAAGUAAUUUCUACAUGCUCUUUGGUAGGUUUGAUUGAUUUGAUGUUCACUUUUCUGUUGAAUGUGGUCUAUAUGAGAGAUGUAUGCAAAUAUAGUCGUAUCAUCAACGUAGUUGCAGCUCUCCGUGUCAUUCAUCAAAUAAGGUCCCAAGACUGAGUCUUGUGAUACACAAUGGGGAAUAUUUGUUUCUCAGCUUAAUGAAAACGAACUUGUGUUGGGAAAACCUUUAGAAGGCCGCUUCCGGGCCCGAAAAGCUUGAGGGCUAUUAGGGGCUAUUACCAAAACAGAAAAUGGGAAAAUGAGGAAUCAGGGAAAGAGGGAAUAUCGAAACCAAUAAGCCAAUUUACCAAGGUCUUUGCGUAAAAACUUCAUUUCUUAGACCAAAACACAAAUCAGCGAAAUACAGUGAAAUGUUUAUCUCCUGAAGAGCGAGUUAUUCACAAAACAGACUCCAAAUAAACAUAUCGUGCUGAUUUGUGUUGUGUAAUUUCAUGUUAUCUUUAUACAUUGUUAUGUUUCGUAACAGCAUUAGUUUUUCUAUUAUCUUGGCUAUUAUUCUACCCAUUUGUCUGCACAAAUGAAGAAUGCAUCGUAUACACCAGUACACUUAGGUGAAGGUAUAUUGAAAAAAGUUACUUUAUCGUGGUACUUAACAGUGAUUCAUUUAAACUUUUUCAAACAAGAGUUUAUAUGUCAUACAACUUAAUUAUAUCACACAACUGCAUCAUGAGAACUAGAUUUGCAGUCUCGCAUUCCCGUGACAACCUUUUAUUGAGUUAAAAUUUCAGCUUUUUUCAACCAUUUUAACGAUUGCAAAGACACAGAUAAAUUUUUAGAUAUCUCUGUUGUGCAUCUAAUGUUUUUGAGGCGAGUUCUGAGGCAAGUUUUUCUAUCAAAAUAUAAAUCAUACGAAUUGAGGCAACAAUUAGGUCUUCACAUCAAACCCCAUUCAACAUACAGAAUUUCACUAAGAAAAUACAGCUUCUAGUGGACUUUCGAAAAAUAUAAGAAUGCUUCAAUUCCAUCUUUAUUUCAAUUUCUUCUACUGCCAUUUACAUUUGAUCCGAAGGAAUCAAUAUCAAUUGACAAGGAAAUAACACACGAUGGGUAUUAGAAUAAAUUCUAAGCAUCAAAAUCGUAAAACAUAACAUAAAAAAAGCGAAUACGUGUACUAAAAAGCAGCUUUAAUCAAAAGUUUUUUAUCAAGAUCACCUUGCCUUUGUAUGAGCAAGGUACAAAUAUGAAAUAAAACAUUAAACUUAAUUAUUCAAGUUACGAUUACAAAUUUAAUUCAAGCCACAGCAGUAUUGAAAAAAAAAUUUUGCUUAAGUAAAUUAUUGCAAAAUUUAUGAAGAAUAAGCAACAAAGUAAAGAACUACAUAUAAUGGAAACAGUUUCUUCACUCAAGAAAACAAUGUACGUGGCCAUUCAGUUAUAUUCACCACCACCAUUUCCUUGAUCAAGUCUCAUCAAAAUCUCGAAGCAAUUGUCCAGUCUUUCAUUGAACUCGACCAUAUCAUUUGUGAGCUGGUCAGAUCUAAAAAGUUUAAAAUUUCCAAUGGUAAAAGAAGAAACAGCCAAUACAAAGAAGAACAGCAUCAAAAGAAGUCUGGUUAUGUUAUGUAGUUUGCCGAAUAGUCAUUGAGAAGACAGUGUUAUCAAAAAUUUCCAAAAUGAUUCUCAAAUAAACAGUAAAAACCGAUCACUGCUUAGAACUGAAUUUUUUCCGCUAGCAGAAUAACUUGCGAGUGCUGAUACAAAGACACAACUAUCGAAAAUUCAUUCAAAAGAAGCUUAGUGGAAUAUAUGAAUCUAACUUCCCGUCUUAGGAAAUGGAAUAGAAUACAAUACAUUCGCCAAUAUCAAUGCCUUGAAUCUUUGAAUUUUGCAAUCAUAGAUAUAUGAGAGUGUGCAAACAAGUCUAACUUUCCACUGAUAUGCACAAGAAGCGCUCAAGCUAUCUCUAUUCACACACCAGGGUUUUUAGAAUCUUUAGCAGUUGUAGGGAACAUUCUUAGAAUAUUACGUACAAUGUUGGCAGAAAGAAUAGACGCCUAGUUUCGACAUUUUGGCUAUUUUAGAAAAUACUGGCUCUACAGCUGAUGUAGUCAUAAUCUAAUAGGGAAAAAACAUUAUGUGUAAUUGAGAUAAGAAAGCUGUUUUGAAUAUUUCCUGCGCUGCCCUUGUCAGCAUGCUCCGCCCCAUAAGCUAAGUAAAUCCAUUUAUUUUAAUCCUGCCAUUUCAUAAUGGUAUUUAUACCUAGCCUGCAUCACAGACCAUAUGAAAACAGCCCUCACGCAGGCUUACUUAAACCUUGAAUGUUCUCACAGAAAAUACUCCCAACUGUUUCGCGUGCGUUUAUUUGAGUCUUUCUUUAUCUAAAGUUUACUUUCUACAUUUUUCCUACCUUUUGACAAUGGAGCCUACAUCUUCACUAAGCGAUGCUUUUUGACUACUUUCUCUGAGGUAAUCCCACAUACAUUUCGACUGAAAAUCUGUCAGAUCUUCAUCAGUGUCUUAAAUGAAAAAAAAUUCUGAAUGACCAAAAGGCCUUGAAAAUAAAUUGAUUUCAUUGUACAAUAAAUUUGGCUUUCUUCCGACAAUCCUCAAAGUAUAAACGUCUGAUAAUAAAAGUAUCAACUAUUUUUUCUAGAUGCAGAUUGAAAGUAUUGUGUCAGGAUAAAAAAUGCAUUUUAUCAGUUUCUUGUAAUUUUACAAUUUGGUGACCGUCAGCAUCUUGUCUAAUUGAAGAGUGCGGAAAAGAAUUGUUUUCUAGCCAAUUGCAUGUCAUCAUCCCUAAAUAAUCUUAGAAUAUUGGUAUUUUCAAAACAAAAUUACAUCAACAAUCAAAGUUUAUCAUGAAAAAUUGGUGGUCUUUCAGGCAGUCAAGAUUAAAGAAAUGCUAUAAAAACAAAAACAUGAUUCUAGAAAUAAUUUUAGAACAAGCAAUAUUCUUGCAUAAUUAGUCGUUAUAAGUCUCAGCAAGAAAAUAUUUUAGCAACUUACUUGAAGGCACCUCUGCUUUUGAUUGACCUGGCAACAUUUUCUUGCCUAGGAAACGCAUUAGGGUUUUGUUAGGGAGGCAAACAAAUAAAACAAAAAAACUAAUAAAAUCAGUUAGAAAUGCUUGGUAUCAGCACUUCAACACAAUGCCAAUAUUCUUUGGGGGUAGCUCAUUCAACUUGAUCAAUUUUUCACUUAGUUUAAUGUCAAAGCUUUCAAUAUAUUUUUUGUAACUAACUACUUUUUUUAAAGAUAUAUAAAUUCAAACAACUAAUCUUAUCAUAAAAAAUAAUCAUAUUCAAAAAGCUUUAUUUUCAACACUAUAGCUUCCAACAAAAAUGUUUCAAUGAACAUGUAUAGGGGUAGACAUCAUAAUGAGUAAUAUUGAAACUCAACUUACACAUGGGCUUGCAACAAAUGCAAAAGCGCAAGCAUUUUUGACAUUUAGUUAAUUCAUGUUCUCCUCCUAAGAAAAGAAAUUCUGUUGAUUAGCUGUUGCUUCCAACCCACGUAAAAUCAAUGCUAACUAGCAUUGUUGGCAAUACGAUCCCAAGGCAUUGUGGGUCACAUGAUUGCUACUUUGAACAUUAUUAUAUUACAAGUUGCUCCAUGAACCAACAUCAUUCAAUCUCAUGAUUAAUUUUCCACCCUAUUUCUAAUUGAAUUUUAGUUAAAUACUAGCUGGAAAUUACUCCAAAAUAUCUUGUUGAAAAUAUAAGAAAGAAUAGACUUGCUACUGUACCUUUAGACGUGUUUGACUUUGUUAGAGCCCGAAUUGCCCAACAAAUCCGUAUGAUGUUUGGAAAUAUCGAGAAGGGAAUUGGUGCCGUUGGCUUCCUCUCGAACUCCAUAAUUAAGUCGUAUUUAUCGAAUCGCCAUAUCUUGUCCGAAUUUUCUUUGAUGUCCUCGUAUAUGUUACUGACAGAAAAGAAAACCUUCAAUUAUAUCACGAUCGAUAUUAGAUAUUACAAUGUAACCUGAAUUUGUAAUUAAUGUAUUUUUUCAGUGAAAGAACAAAUACAAAAAGCUAUAAAAUCGUUUGUACCUAAAACUACCAUGUCAUAUCAAUAUAAUCAACUCUUUAGAAGGAGGCAAAUGAAGCAUUCGAUUUUCACUUAGUUUUUUUUAACAAUAUGUUACUAUAAAAAAAAUCAGGAGAAUUACGAUAAUGUGCACAUUUUAAAGCUAGGCAGCCUGCCAAAGCAAAUUCUGAAUAAAGCAAAAAAUUGCAAAAAUCUAAAAAUAGCUAAUUGAUCAUCCGCAAAGAUGAACCAUUUUGUAUUAUGCGCGUUUGCCUGUGAAGCGUCGAUAGUUUUGAAAUGUGGUCACUUACUUAAAGACUGCGAUCAGCAUGUUUAUCAAGAGAACAUUUGCCAACAAAAGAUAUAGGCACAUUCCAAUGACAACGAUUAUUUCCGUUGAUUCGCUGACUUUUGGCGUCCCAUAAAUUGUUGUUCCCUUGGAGACUAAAAAUUAAUUUCAAAAGCAAAUUAAAAUAGCAAAGAAGUAUCGUUAAAAUUUGUUUCAUUUUGAAAUCUUUGGUUGGAUACAAUGAAUUAGAACCUGUAUUUUUGAUUUUAACAAACAUUUCUUAAUAAAUGUGUUUGAUUAAGAAAGUAAGGUAGUCUGAAUGUGUUUAGAAGAGUGCAAAUAUGCAAAUAAGCCGUUUCUCAGUCACAGAAAUUAUAAAAGAAAUGAAAAAAUAGGAAAUUUAUUGCGCUUGCUCAUUACUGAGGCAGUCCAGGCUUUACUACUGCUUCUAGGUUACUUUUUUUAAACCUUGCUUCUAAACAUUGAACAGAGUAAGCAUUAAACAUACGAUCGUGUUUUUCCACUCCAAGCUCUCCAAAUGCAAGUAAGUAAGGUCUGAAAAGGACUUUGAACAAAAUUUUCCAGGAAACUGUUACAUCCGGGAACAAGAGUGUGUGCAUAAAGAUUCCAUAUGCAAUGACAGCAAUGACAAGUACCAAGAAGAAUCCAGCCAUAUGGAAUAUCUUGAUAGAAAAGAGGUUAGAUCAACAAUGGUAACUAAAGAAUUUACGAGCCAAAAUCAUUUACAGGUUUGUCAAUAUUGCAUCAAACACUUUGUGACACUACAUAAAGGUGAAAUAAUGAAUUAAUGUUGAAUGCAAAUAAAGUUAAAGGGCCACUCCAGCCCAAAAUUUUUAUUUCAGAACACGAUGUAAUCAGACCUCCUGAAAACGAAUCUGUUAUUAUUUUUUUCAUAUCUCUAACCGUUUUGUAGUUAUUAGCGUUUAUAAAAUGGUCAUUGAGUUGAAUUGUUUUUCAACCGUGUUAUCGGAGAUCUUCGGAUUGACGUCACAGGCAUUUUCGGCCUCGGUAAAUUCGCGGCAAGUAUCAUCGGCUGUCCAAAGGGUCAACGAGAACCUAGCGAAAUGGCAGACAGGGCCUAGCAGCGGCAUGUUUGUUAGUAGGCCAGACUUUUAUCUGGAAUCGAUAUAAAGAGAGAAGUAUCGCUCAUCAGUCUUGAUAUUCUGAUCGAAUAUAGAAGUUUUUUAUCGCACGAAUCUUUCUGACAGAGAAGUCAAAUUGUCAAAGUAGGCCAGCGAGAAAGAGACAUGAGGAUGUUGACAGACUUUCGUGGAAUGUUGCUUUUGAAGCAAUUUAUAUUGGCAGGCCAGUUCCCUGAUUUUAAAAAGAAGAUUCGCGCUUUUUCAUCAGCUCUUCCUUUAGUGCAACAGCUAAAAAACCAUCGCGCAAUUAAUUCGAGAGGAAAGACCAAAACAAAACCAGUAUACCGGGAAUGAAAGCUGUAUGAAUUGAUACAACAUAUUCAUUAGGAUGAAGAGCUUCAUAUCAACAUGACUAUGACUUAUUAGAAAUAAACCAGGACAAUCGAGGGCAUGGACAAGAAAGUAUACAAACUUUCAAGACAAGACUAAAAACCUACCAUUAGUCAUGAGUCAAACAACUUUUUCAAAAAUUAUAAAUUUGUUUUUAUACAAACAAAAAAGGGAUUU